CGCCUCUGGUGGCCACCAUUGGUCAAAAAGGCAAUUGUGAGUCAGAGAAAAAUCAGUCGAAGAUUUUCAGUGUCAGUGAAAAAGUGCUUUUAGGCCAUCAAAAUGAAGUUCCAGUACAAGGAGGAGCACCCCUUUGAGAAGAGACGUGCCGAGGGUGACAAAAUCCGCAGGAAAUAUCCCGAUCGUGUGCCCGUGAUCGUGGAGAAGGCGCCCAAGGCGAGAAUCGGCGAUCUGGACAAGAAGAAGUAUCUGGUGCCGUCGGAUCUGACGGUGGGGCAGUUCUACUUUCUCAUCCGCAAGAGGAUCCACUUGCGCCCCGAGGACGCGCUGUUCUUCUUCGUCAACAACGUGAUUCCACCCACGUCGGCGUCCAUGGGAUCGCUGUACCAGGAGCACCACGAAGAAGACUGCUUCCUCUACAUUGUCUACUCCGACGAGAAUGUCUACGGCAAGAGGAUCUAGAGCGAGAGCGAGAGAGAGACAGAGUCCGAUUUCAUUUCUCCCUUGAAACACCUUGAUUUCCCUCGGCGACACGCAGAAAUGCUUGCAUUUCUCCCAUCUUUUGUCCUUGAGCCAGGAGAAGAUAUAUAAAUACUAUAUAAACAUGAUUAUUUUUUAGUGAUUCGAGAGCAAAUUUAUCAUUAAUUUUUUUUUUGUGACUAAAUGAAAUAUAUAUAUAUAUUUACUGUCUUGGAGGUGAUGAGAAAUGCACCUUUACCUUGAUGAGAGGAAGUACAUGUUGAUUCUUUUUUUUUACUUGAAAUUAUUUGGCGCAUUCUUGAGGAAACGUGAAGAGAAUAGCUCGAGGUAGUUGGACUCUAUAUUCAAAUUUGUGUUAUUGGUGAAUUAAUAUUGGACUUUUUUAAAUGUAAUGAUGUAUUAUGUAUAAUUAGAAUUAAAAGUGAGAAAUAAAGUAUGAGUAAAAAGACAGAA